CUAGUCGAGCCAAUGGGCCAAGGUGAAGAGUUGAAGACAAGAAGCGAACCCAAAGUGGAGAUUCAGGAAAGAGGGGAGAUUUUCUUCUUUUAUAGGCCAAAAGUUAACAAAGAAGAAGCACACAGUGCUGAUGAUGUGCAGCGGCUAUAUAUUGUUCUCCAGCCGGAGUCUGGCGAAAGGGUAGUCGAAGAAAAGCAGGCCCCAGAUUCCGGCAAGGAAGGCGCCAAAAGAGAAGCCGCCAAUAGUACUGAUAAUGGUGGAAACAUUAACAGUUCUAACGAGAAGGGCACUGAAGGUGGCCAUGGUAGUGAGGCAAUAAACAUUGAGAAGCAACCCUUGUUGCGAUUCAUUGUCAUGGGUCGUAAAAGCCUCCCUGAUCCAAGCAAGAAAAGCCAGCCUUACUGGGGUUUCGUAGAGAUGGUCACAACAAGGAUCGAAGAUGUAAAGACUGCUUUAGAAGGAGAGGAGUAUGACACUGCUACAAGAGGCCACAGGCGUCAGUCCUCUGCGCGAGCACUUGGAGAGGGUGUGUAUCGAAUCCUGAGGCAUGCUUCUGGCAGGAAGAUGCACACUCACUUGAUCUACAAGCUUGAGUUCCCUCCAGAAGGAGAGAGCAGCGAGCCUCAAGAGUCGCUUAAUGUGGAACGAGAAGGUUCAUUUGUCAUACAGAUAAAGAACCCUGAUCAGCAUUGCACAUCCCAGUUCAGAGGAAUUCAGAAAAAGCGUAGGGCUGCCUUUCCGGCGAACUUACAAGGGCAGCUGGGGAAGCUGAAGUUUGCUCCAGCUGAUCCUCCGGACUUCCUGAACUAUGAGGGCUGUGAGUUCUUGCUCAUAUCUGCCUCGGAUGACAUAGAUGAAGAGCUGGGGUUGGAGCUCAAGACAGAAGGGGAAGCAGCAGAAGCCGAUUGUUCAGACUUGAUUAAAACAUUUGGAGAGACUGCAACUACUGCUCCCCUUCUAAGGGGUACUUGGGCAUGAAAAUUUUUUAUGUAAAUUUUCUGACUGGUUCAUGUACAGUACACGACUGGUACAGGGUGAAGGUGAAGCUUAGCUCAUUUUGGACUUUUGGAUGUUUAUAUGUUUGUAGUUAUAUAGACUGUAGAGAAACUACGUUUUUUGAUGGUGACUUUGAUGAAGCAAGCUAGCUAAGUGGA